UCUCCCAAAAGCACAGAGACUGAUCAUACACACACAAAAACACAGCUUUUAUAUUUCUUGCGGAGAAAUUCUUGUGGUCGUCGUCAGAUAUGGGCCGUAAAUUCUUCGUCGGAGGCAACUGGAAAUGCAAUGGGACUGCUGAAGAGGUGAAGAAGAUUGUUUCGAUGCUCAACGGUGGUCAAGUGCCAUCUCAAGAUGUUGUUGAGGUUGUUGUGAGCCCACCAUAUGUGUUUCUUCCAUUAGUAAAGGCAGAACUUCGGUCUGAUUUCCAUGUCGCAGCCCAAAAUUGUUGGGUUAAGAAGGGUGGUGCUUACACUGGGGAGAUUAGUGCUGAAAUGCUUGUCAACCUGGGUAUUCCUUGGGUCGUCCUUGGUCACUCCGAAAGGAGACUUAUCUUAGGCGAAUCAAACGAGUUUGUUGGGGACAAAGUAGCAUAUGCCCUCUCUCAAGGUUUGAAGGUCAUUGCCUGUGUUGGUGAAACACUUGAGCAGAGAGAGGCAGGAACCACAAUGGAAGUUGUUGCAGCCCAAACUAAGGCAAUUGCAGAUCGAGUAUCAGAUUGGUCUAAAGUUGUCAUUGCCUAUGAGCCUGUUUGGGCAAUUGGAACUGGAAAGGUUGCAACACCUGCCCAGGCACAAGAAGUACAUUGUGAUCUGAGGAAAUGGCUUGAAGCAAAUGUGAAUGCUGAUGUUGCUGCCUCUACCAGGAUCAUCUAUGGAGGCUCUGUAAAUGGCGGAAACUGCAAGGAGCUUGGUGCACAACCUGAUGUCGAUGGUUUUCUGGUGGGAGGAGCUUCCCUCAAGCCGGAAUUCAUCGAUAUUAUCAAGGCUGCUGAAGUGAAGAAUGCCUGAGCAUUGAAGACUUGGGGAUUUUAAUUAAGGUUUUUGGUUGAGGAUUUGUAAGAUGAUGGAGAUGUUGAAACUCCUUAUGUCAUGCUUACAUGGAUAAUACUCUUUUCAGUUUUUGCAGCUUUGAGCCCUUUUUGGAUGUACAAUAAACAUGGCAUACUUUUAGCAUUAUUCUGUCUUGCUAGUUUUGGUACUGACAUAAUUUUCUAAUAAAAUGCACUCUGUUUUGGAAUA